GUCACAACCCAGGCAAAACAAGAUGGGUGCAUCGCUGGACACUCCGUCUAAAUGUCCUCUGUGCGACGAGCACACGCACAAACCAGUCGUCCUGAAAUGUAACCACCGUUUCUGUCAACGAUGUAUCGGGGACCUGUGGAGUAUUACACCCAAAGGUCCGUUCCGCUGCCCGGAGUGGAGGUGCAAGACUGAGUACAAGACUCCGCCGUUUGACAGCAGCCAGUGGAGGACGCCAAGCUUCAGUCGACCGUCUCGUCCCUCCACAUCCGCAGGUUCAUCCAAGAAUGAUGUUCAGAACACCACGCUGGGAAAUCGACUCCUGGGUAAGAGGAAGGCCAGCAGUUCUGGUGUGGAAGAGGCUCCAGGCAGGAAGAAGAAGUCUAAUGGCACUGAGGACACCACCACAACCACGGUACCGGAUGAAACUCUGUACACGACUUGUAUGGAUAUAACAGAAGGGGAAGUGAGUCAGCACUCUGUGCGUGUGAAGAGUACUCCCAGUUGCCCUUCUGUCAGCACAUCACAUCAGUCAGGUGAUGUCCCAGAAGACCCACCGACUCAGAAAGUCCAGGUGGAAUCAGAAGAAUUUAUCUUGGCGGAGGAGUCUGACAGCUCCAAUGAAGCAGAUGUCUGCGAUGGCCUGUCCAUGGAAACGCCUCAAAAGACUGACGCUCAUGGGUCGUCUUCCCCUGUCACCGAACAAGUCGUGACGUCCUCCAAGGCAGCUGUUUCUGUGUCCCCGAGUAAAAUCAUGCUACUACCGAGGCCGGAGAGCAGAGCCAGCAACACGCCGGUGCCUUGCCUUUACUGCCCAAAGAUUCAUAACCAGCGUGCCGUGAAGACCUGCCUGGUGUGCGGCGCCUCCAUGUGCACCGAGCACCUGCGUCCGCACAUGGAGUCUCCGGUGUUUCUGAAUCACGUGCUGAUUCCUCCUGUGGAAGAUAUUUCUCUUUGGCGCUGCCAGGAACACCAGGACAUAAACCGCAUCUACUGCAGACAGUGCUAUGUGUGUAUCUGCACUGUCUGCACCAUGAUCGGUUCGCACCGGGGCCACGUCUGCAUCAGCAUCAGGGACGCAGAGCGGGAGCUCCGGGGAACGCUGAAGGAUGAGAUCAAACAACUGCAGAUGGCGGAAAAGCAAGUGAAGGACCAGGCCACUGAGUUUACUGAGAAGAAAGAGGCAUUCACAAAGGCCUUGAGCACCUCCCGAGCCGGAGUGCAGCAGCAGUACCAAUCCAUCCGGGAGGCGCUGGAUCAGGAAGAAGAAAUUGCUCUGCGCUGUGUGACGAAGGAGGAGGGCCGAGUUUUGGGUGGACUUGAGAAGAAACUGGACAGCCUCAAGAAUUCUCUGCAGGAUAUCCAGAGAGGUCUGCAAACCUUGGAAACAUUGGCGGACAACAGCAGGGGCAGCCAGCUCCAUGACCAGGCUUUUAUUAUGGAAUACAGCAAGGUGGCCCAACUAGCCAGUGAAGUGAGCAGUUGUGUGGAGCAUUUUGAGACGCCUGAAGAACUCGACAAAUGUCGACUGAAAGGUCUGCAGAUGUGGACAGAGAAGCGUCUGGAUAGUGUGGUGGUGACCAAGGACAUGGACUUGUAUCGGUUGAUCUAUGGCUUGAUCCCGAGUUUGGAUCCCAACACAGCCCACCCCAAGCUGAAGCUGUCUGAUGACAACAAAUGGGUGACCUACUCCGAGGUCCAGGUCUUCCACACCGACCAGGAGGCUCGGUUCACUUCUUUCCCCCAGGUUCUGGGCUCCCAGGCUUUAGAAACUGGCCGCUGGUAUUGGGAGGUGAGCGUGUCUUUGGAUGACGGCCGCUGGAAGGUCGGCGUGUGUACUGGUCAGAUGGAGAGGAAAGGUCAGAAGGACAGCUCCCGUCUUGGCUUCAACUCGCACUCUUGGUGCGUGGCUUACGAGCGAAGGAAGGUUGAAGCUCUGCACAACAAAGUGUCCGAGCCCUUGGAUGCUGACCAGCUCCAGAAGGUCGGGGUGUUUCUCGACUUUGAAGAAGGGGUGUUGUCGUUCUACAAUGUAACACCAGGGGGCAGUACCACUCUAAUGCAUUCCUACAAGCACCGUUUCACUGAGCCUCUGUAUCCAGCCUUGUCGGUGUCGAAAACGCAGCUGGCUGUCUGUGAUCUGUUCCAAAUGUAAUGACCCGCUUUAUCAAGUGCAGCACUGUGCCUUUCUUUGUGUGCCACUAAUGAUGUUGCUCAAUUCAAGUCCUGUGAUGCAUCUCCACUGUUUUAAAUCUCAUUCAUUCCAUCUGUGCAAGCUGGAAUUACAUUAUGUCAUUUAGCGGAAUAUGUUUUUACCUUAACAUUGUGACCAAAUUAUUUCGUUUCUUCUUGUUUAGAUUAUAAUAGACUGCUUUUAUUCUUCCCGCAAUGGGGAAAUUCUGCUUGUCACAGCAGCAAAGUCACAUUAAAGACAUGCACGCAACACUACAGAGAUUGAUCCCAGCGAAAUAAACAUUCAACAAUCCGUUUAUAGAUGACAACAACAAUGUGCACACAAGGCCAAACGACCCCUUUAAUUAGAUGUUGCAUAUCCUGCUGACAAGUUUCAUCAGAUCGAGGAAACAAUCUUCAUACUUGACGAAAAAUGUGAACCAAUAUAAGCACAUAAUAGUCAGAUCGAGGCAAUAGCUUGAGUCUGCUGCUGUGAUACUGAUAUUCAUGCGGAGUCGACUGAAUCAAAUCAUUUACUAAUGUUGCCUUUGUCACGAUGGGGGACGCUGUGAUCUUUUUUUGCACUUCUGAAUGUUCCUGUCAACUUGUCUAUUCAGUGGAUAAUGGAGGUUUGUUUCUGGAUGAAAAUAAACAGCAAAAUCUUUUGGU